UGCGAGAGAGUAAAUCGUGCGCGCUAGUUCUCAAGCAAAAUCUAUUACCACACUCGAGGCUCUUGACCUCCGAGACUGUUUUUUUUUUCUUUCAAAUCGUCAUCAGUCGUUAUCAAAGCCAAAGUCUCGCAGUGUUGGCUCGGCUAUAUAAGCAGACUUCAUUGUCGCGCGUAAACUUCGAGAAUGAGGAUCGCGGUGAUUGGCGCCGGGGCUGCUGGUCUUGCGGCACUCAGGCAAUGCAGUGCUGCAGGAAAAGUUGAUUUCCUAUGCUACGAGAGGAGCAACGAAGUCGGUGGCACUUGGGUUUACGUACCCGAGACGGGCAAGGACGUGUACGGAUUGCCGAUACACUCGAGCAUGUACGAUAGCCUCAGAACGAACCUGCCGAAAGAAGUGAUGGGCUACCCAGACUAUCCGAUUCCCGCAAAUCCAAAGAGUUAUCUUCAUCGUACGGAAAUUUUGGCUUUCCUUAACGAUUACUGUGACCACUUUAAUCUCCGGGAUAACAUUCGGUUGCUGCACAACGUCGAGCUGGUCGAACGAACGUCAGAGAACAAGUGGAAGUUGCGAGUUCGCGAUUUGCGACUCGACGCGAUCUUAGAAGAGCAUUUUGAUGGGGUGAUGAUAUGCAAUGGCCAUUACUUUGAGCCAUCGCUGCCCGAUCUGAAAGGUCGCGAGGUUUUCCGGGGACAGCAGCUGCACAGUCACGAUUACCGCAAGCCGGAUGGCUUCGCUGGCAAGCGCGUCGUCGUUUUUGGCGCUGGACCCUCUGGCAUGGACUUGGCCUUGGAAAUAUCUCGCAAGGCGAAGCACGUGAUACUCAGCCAUCAUCUGAAGGAGACGAUCUUGACCAAGUUUCCAGACAACGUCGUACAACAUAAAGACGUAGUCGAGCUGAAAGAGAAGUCUGCCGUUUUCGAAGACGGCACCGAGGAGCAAGCGGACAUCGUGUUUUAUUGUACCGGCUACAAGUACAGCUUCCCGUUUUUGGCGGAUCAUUGCGGAGUGCAGGUCGACUCGAAUUGGGUGACACCCCUCUGGAAGCACGUUAUCGCCAUCGACAAUCCCACUCUAGCUUUCAUUGGGCUUCCGUUUUACGUUUGUGCGUUUAGCAUGUUUGAUCUGCAGGUGCGUUUCGUGCUGAGAUUCUGGCAAAAGCAGCGCGACUUGCCGAGCCGCGAUGAAAUGUUGGCCGACGAGGCGAGAGAACAGGAAAGGCGUUUCGGCGAGCAGCAGCUGAGCAAGCGUCAAUUCCACAUGAUGGGAGCGCUGCAAGGAGCCUACUACGACGACCUCGCGGAUUCGGCGGGCUUGCGUCGCUUGCCGGCCGUGCUGACCAAACUGCACAACGAGAGUAGCAAGCGAUUUCUCGACGACCUUGUGCAUUACAGGGAGGAUCGCUACGAGAUCGUCGACGAUGAGAAUUACGUUCAGCUCGAUGUCGCCGCUUAGCUGGCCUCUCUGCUGGGGCGGGCCAAUCGCGUCGACCGCAGCACGCGAAUCUGUAUCGAUAAAAACUUUGCUUGACUAUGACGAGCUUGUCUUUCAGUCCCACUGCACGCUUCGCGGUCGCCGCCGAAACGGUGACCCAUUACCGAGCAACUUGAUUGAGCAACGCGCCGACGCAGCUGAAACGCAAUAAUAUCAAUCCCAAUAAACGAAUCGCGCGCCGGGACACGGACAACUCACAGGCGCGCGCGCGCGAGUAAUUAAAUUGUAUCGGCUCGAUUGAUACAAUUGCGAGCGAGCGAGCGCGUCUCAACAGCGCCGUCGGUCAAUUGCCCUCUCGCUGUGUACUUGCUCCAAUUCGAUAAUGCCGCGUGCAACUUUGACCAACGUUCUUUUCCCUUUGACGCGAGCGAGCGCGCCUCUCGCCGCCUGCCGAUGGUCGUCCCCCCUGCGCGUUGGUUUGCUCUACCGCGCUCUCGGUGGGCAGAGAGUGGCGCGAGUAAACGCGCUGAAUAAUCGAUACCCGAGUCACGACGUGGCUCGUAAUGUACACUUCACACGGAUGUACGAUUCGUCGAGCCAGUCAAGUUGAGAGAAAACGGAGGAGUUAGGAAGGACAACCGGUGCAAAUAGGAAAAAUGCAAAGCAGCCGCUUCCCAUCGAUGCGAAUCGUAUCCCUCUAAUUGGCGUCUGCUAGUCUUACCUUGCACGAGUGCCCGGUAUAUCAAGAGAUCGGACUCACUCGGAAGGAGAAAAAUAUUUCGCUACGUGCGCGCGAAAUGUUGGAAAAGCACGUCGAAGCCUCGCGCUGCGAUUACAUGCCAAGAAGAAGAAAAAAAAGAAGCUCGUCGUCGAUCGGUAAACACUAUAGUUACAUUCCUCGCUCGAUCUCGUCGAUGAAUUUACACCAGCCGACGAUUAUUAGCGAUUCGCGAAGCUCGAUCGCCUGUCCUUCCUCGCUUCACGAAAACAACGAGAUCCGAGCAAAUGCUAUUGUUUCGAUCGAAACGCUGCGAACAAUGCAAAUUGGCGAAGGAUGACGCGUGCGAAUGGGAGAAACGCCCACGCCGAGCGUAAUCGAGAAAGAAGCUGCGAAUUGGCGGCGGCACGAGCCGCGGAAACUGACGCGCGGCCGUACGCCGCCCGAGAGGCGCCGCGAGCGCGCACACCGCGUUCGGCACUCGGCGAGCAGCCACGGCGUAUUCGCGGUCCAUCUCGUUCCGCGGAGCGGACGACGGCCUCGGUAUCUUGGUCCGAGCUCGCGUUGCUGUGGAGUACGCGCGAAGACCAGUUGCAUUGAGCGUCGCGAGCGAAUCGGAUGAGUGUCGGACUCGGCUCGGCGUGUCUUGGAUUGGUCGCCGGCCGGACGACAAUCAACUCAGCGAAAGUCUCGGCUUUCGGCUGCGCCUCGGAUCGAGACGGAGUGGCAGAC